GGGUCAGGAGGCAGGGAAGAGGGAGUUGAUUUCCAGAGCUGUGAAGAAGGGAAAACGGUGAUGGUUUCGGUCAAUGGAGCUCUUGGUGAUGCUAUCCUUCCAAACAGAUGUGCACAAAUGCUCCCGCUGGUCUCUGCGUCUGCUCCCCAACGGGUCUUAAGAGCAGAGGUCACAGCUCAGUACCUUUCCAGGCCUUGAUUACCUCACCAGCACUCCCUAGGAUGUGCCCGUGGCGGAAAAGUUGACGCAAGCGCACAGUGACUAGAAAUCUGCGUCCAAAGGCUGUGUGGUGGUGAGCGUGGCGGCAGAGCUAGGCUGGUUUUGUCUUGGUCACUAACGCCUGUAGAGACCUCGUGGCUCACACUGUUAUUUCAUGGAGUAAGAGUUUAAAGAUUUGCAGGGCUUCACCCACGGGAGCACAGGAAGGAAGUCUUACUCCGAGAGGGCUGCCUGAUGUAAGGGAAGAAUUGUCGCUUCGGGCUUUAUCUGGGCAGAGUGAUUCCCUAAACAAGGUGGACAGUUUGCAUUUCGCUCCUCUAAGGCCAUGGAGACCGUGCGCAUCGCAGUCAUCGGCGCUGGUGUGAUAGGACUGUCAACUGCCGUGUGCAUAUCCCAGGUGGUCCCUGGAUGUUCCAUUACUGUCAUCUCAGACAAGUUCUCUCCCGAUACCACCAGCAAUGUAGCAGCUGGAAUACUUAUUCCUCACACGUAUCCAGACACGCCUGUGCCCAUGCAGAAGCAGUGGUUUACAGAGACCUUCCAGCACCUGUCCACAAUUGCCAAGUCUGCAGAAGCCGCGGAUGCAGGCGUUCAUCUGGUGUCUGGGUGGCAGGUAUUUCGGAGUGUCCCCACUGAAGAGGUGCCUUUCUGGGCUGAUGUCGUUCUGGGAUUUCGAAAGAUGACCGAGGCAGAGCUGAAGCGAUUCCCUCAAUAUGAAUUCGGUCAGGCUUUUACAACCCUGAAGUGUGAGACCGCUGCCUACCUCCCAUGGCUGGAGAAAAGGUUAAAGGAAAGCGGAGGUCUGCUACUCACCAGGAGAAUAGAAGACUUGUGGGAGCUGCAACCAUCCUUUGACAUCGUGGUCAACUGCUCAGGCCUGGGAAGCCGACAGCUUGUGGGAGACUCCAUGAUUUCCCCUGUAAGGGGCCAAGUGCUCCAUGCACAGGCCCCCUGGGUGAAGAAUUUCAUCCGAGACGGGAGUGGCCUGACGUACAUCUACCCUGGUACAUCCUAUGUAACCCUGGGAGGAACCAGACAAAAAGGAGACUGGAAUCUAUCCCCAGAUGCGGAGCUUAGCAGAGAGAUUUUUUCUCGAUGCUGUGCUCUUGAGCCCUCCCUCCACAGAGCCAGCAACCUAAGAGAGAAAGUGGGCCUGAGGCCCAGCCGGCCAGGUGUGUGUCUGCAGAAGGAGAUCCUAGUCCGAGGGGGACAGAGGCUCCUUGUGGUCCACAACUACGGCCACGGGAGUGGGGGCAUCUCAGUGCACUGGGGUUCGGCUCUGGAAGCCACCAGGCUGGUGAUGGAUUGGAUCCGUACCCUCAGGACCCCAGCUCCUGUGUCAAAGCUGUAACUGACACCAGGCGUCAGCGAAUAACCGCAGGUGAUGUUGGUCAGCGCAGUUCAGGGUUCACGAUGGGGCCUCAUAAUGUCUCCCUGGCUGGAAAGUUGACUCUGAUCUUUGUUUUCACAAUUAGAAAUCAUACAACACAGUAGACUCAGAAAGCUUGCUACUAACGACAUAUGGCACAAAACUCCAUUUUGUCCAAAUAUGUGUUAUUAAAAAAUGUUUAGCUAGGCAAUGGUAGCAUAUGCCUUUGAUCCCAGCACUUGGGACGCAGAAGCAGGCCAAUCUUCGUGAGUUCGAGGCUAACCUGGUUUCCAGAGCGAAUUCAGGACAACCAAGUCUACACAGAGACACCCUGUCUUGAAAAACUAAAGCAAACUAAAACAAAACAAAAAAAACAAAACCUUGUUAUCUAGGGUAACAUUUGGGAAGGAUCUAAUGCUAAUUUAUAUGAAUGAUAUAAGUGAUACGGAUUUUUGUAUCUUUAAUCCAUAAACCCGUACUGGGAGACAAUGUGUAGGAAACACUUGGAUCCCUGUCAGUUGUAGAGUUGUGUGAGAUCCUCUUAGGUCAGAGAGCCAACCAAACAAGCCUUACGAUCCCUUGAGAUAAGGUCACACAGUGCGGACCGCCUGUCUUUAACUGGAGACAAAGCACGGUUAUUGCCAGCGCAGGCAGCCACCGCUUCCUCCCCUCGGCUGGUAAUGAUGGUAGAAGAUGGAGGUGGGGUUGCCUAUGAAAACCUCACCAGUUUGGGAGCAGCUAGGUGUCUGUCACUGUGUGUGUUUUGUUGUUUCUGGGACCAAACACCCAACAGAAACAACCUAAAGAGUUCAUUUGCUCAUUGUUUUGGUCCACCAUGCCAAGGGAGGGCCCUUUAGAACAGAGCUGUUCUGCUCAGGCCUAGAGGGGCAACAGGAAGUAUCAGGGCCAGGUACAGCCUGUACACCCCCAAUCCACUUUAUACCUCUUCCAAUCAGCCCCCACUUCCUAUACUUCUCUUUUCUCCCAAUAGUUCAUUCAGUUCUUGAAUUCAUCAACAGAUUAAGUCAUUCAUUAGGUCAUUUGUAGCUACCCUCAGCCCCACCCAAAGGGGUGUUUUAGUAAUCAUCUAAGUAAUCCCCCAUCUUGUAAAGCUGACAAUGGGGAUCUACCAUGGAAGUCACCUAGGGUGCGUAUUCCAUUCAUAAAUGACGGAGAGCCGGCUGACUGCAGGGUGAAUGAGCAUGGCUGAAGACUGAGUAGUCUGUGCAGAAAGCUAAUUGGCUAAUGGAGAUGGAACAGUCGUUUUAAAUGACAUAAGAUACAAAGUCUUCUUCGUGUUAAGUUAAAAAGUAUUGGGGAAGAAAGAAAUGUGUCUUGCAGUAAAAUAAGUUUGAGAAUUGCUGAGUUGAAUAAUUUAGUGUGAUUCCCUAACUUAAGUCUGUUCGGAGCCUUUAGCCUGUGCCUGGGCAUGUGGACCCUCAGGACCCUAGGAGAAGAUGUACCUAUUCACUGAGAAAAGCAACCCUGGAGGAAGUUUUGUUUCUGAAUAAUCAAGUCUAUCUUGAAGGUAUUUGAGGGAGGUGUGAGAUUAGUCAUACAUACAGGGACAGGGCCUGAGAGAUGGCUCAGAAGUUAAGAUUGCUCACAACUUCCUAGAACUACAGCUUCAGGGAGUUCAACACCCUCUUCUGGCUUUUGUAUGUGCGUGCGCGCGCGCACACACACACACACACACACACGCCCCUUACAGUGUUCUGUUGGUGUGAAGAGACACCAUGAUAACAGCAACUGGAGAUGGCUUACAGUUUCAGAGAUUUAGUUCAUUAUCAUCAUGGUGGGACAUGGCGGCAUGCAGGCAGACAUGGUGCUGGAGAAGGAGCUGAGAGUUCUACAUCUGGACCCAUAGACAGCAGGAAGAGAGAGAGCCACUGGGCCUGACUUGGACCCUUGAAACCUCAUAGCCCACCUCACACUUCGUCCAGCAAAGCCACACCUCCCAGCCCCUCCCAGCUCCUCCCAGGUACUGCUACUCCCUGAUGACCAAGCAUUCAAAUAUAUGAGUCUAUGGGGGCCAUUCCUAUCCUUUCACACACAUACAUAUAGAUGCACACACAUAUACAUUAAAUAAAUCUUUAAAAAUUAUUUUAAAAUGCAGAGAUGAGAAGAUUCCUAGCAUAGCUCAUGUUCAUCUUCCUGUUGAGGUUUGCACGUGAUUUUGCAUGUGUUUGAAGGAGCGCUAUGCCAAGCCUUCAGAGACUGCAGUAUUUUGUUAAACUAAGCAGGGUUAUUUCUAUUAAUUUCCACCAGGGGGUGAUAUUGUAUCAAACUCAAAUAAACUAGACUGGAAAUUUAGAAAUGACAAGAAAUAAAAAGUAGGUAACUCCGUG